CCAGCCAUAUCCGCCGUCGAUGGCCUUCGACCCUCCGACUUCGGCUUCGAUGGAAGGUUCUUCUCCGUCCCUACGGCGGGGUUUCACUCACUCCAGUCAUCGCUUCGACCUAUUAAUCGAUUCAAAGCUCGAGUCUCUCAAAUCGGACUUCGACGAGGUUGGAUCUACUUCGCCGGAGUCCGUUUCGGUUGCUACCUGUGAGAUCAUUCCAGAUUCAGAAUUGGAUCCGGAGCCGGUCGACGGAGCAUGUUCGAUGGCUGUCCGUGGCCGCAGUUCUCUUUUUCGGGUGAGAUCUUCAACAACUCACGGUGGAAUUGAAGUGGCUCGUCCGAGUUGCUCUUCUACUGGUGAUGUUGUAUUAGAUUUCAUUCCAAUUUAUUGUCCAUUGGUCGUUGAACCUCCGGCGAACUUUAAGGGAGGUAUGCUUUGUUUAUUGAACAUGAUUCUUUGAGGUAUAUUUUCGAUUCUUUAUGUUGGAUGAGUUUAUUGAACAUGAUUUCUGAGGUGUGGAAAUGUUUAUGUGGC